UAUAUUUUAUUAUUGACAUUCGUACUGCAUAGAAGUGCAAAUUCGCUGCGCCACGGAAAAAAAAUAUUUUUAUUUUUUAAAAUUUUAUAACCAAUACAAAAAUCAAAACCAAUAAAUUUUUAAAUACAUCGUGGAAUUUUUUACUCAAAGCUAAAUUUUAACAAAAUCAUAAGUAAUUUUUAAACCGACAAAAAGAGAAAUUGUAAUAAAGAAAAUUUUUUGUAAAACGUCAUUCAUCAUACAGUGCUGUGUCAUCAAGUAAAAAGAAUAAAAAAAAAAUUAUUGCAGCCAUAAAUUACGAAAAAAGUGAAAAAAUAUAUUUUUUUAGAAAUUUUAUUUGAAUAACGAAAAAGUAAAGAAACAAAAUUCAAAUUGUUAAAAAAAAAAUUGGAAAACUAAAUACGAGUUAAUACUGCGUGGGGUGUGAAAGUAAUAAAUUGUAAAUUGGAGCAGAAUUGAAGGCAGAAGAACAACAUAUUGUGGAAGAGAAGACUACACCUAUUUUCAGCAUUUCUUCUACAUCUAAUAUUUUUUGUUCGUUCAUUAUAUUUUUCAAAGCAGUCAGUCUAUCAGUCAGCCAGCGUACUACUCAGUCAUCGUUUCUUUUUUUAUGUUUUCCUAAAUCUAACUGCUUUGGCUGCUAGUUACCAUAUCCAAAACACUUUACUAUUUGUGUUAUUUUAGUGGUGUUUUUUUUUAAUAAACGACUCUACUACGGUCUUUUAAUUUAGUUUUUUUUUUGUGGUACAAUUGUGGUGUCUCGUGACGUUUGUUCGUUCGUUUUAGCAGUGUUGCACAUUCCCAGUUAGAUUUUAUUAGAUUGGGUUCACUAACUCUACUCGCCAAAUAGCAAGAAAUACAACAAAACUAAUAACAACAUCUGCAACAUUCACCAACUAAAAUAUUACUAAAACAAUAUAAUUCCAUUUACAUUUUUAUUUGUUAAAAUUUUUUUAUUUGCUGUUUGUUAAUUCAGCUUGCUUUGGAGCACUAAACAAAAUAAACUUAAAUAAAACGCCAAAAUAAAAUAAAGUUUAAACAAACAAAUAAUAAAUCACUUUAAACUUAAUUUGCAAAUAAUAAUAAUACGUAUAAAAAAAAAAAGAAAACAAAUCAAACAAAGCCUUAAAUACAAAACAAGGUUCGGAAAAUGCGAAAACAUAAAGACGAUAUGCAAGUCAAUGUGGCAGGUUUACGUCGCAAUAUUAAAAAUUUAGCCCACAAUUACUCUGAUGCCCAGGUUAAAGUACGUGAGGCUACUUCAAAUGAUCCAUGGGGUCCCUCAGCCACUAUAAUGGCAGAAAUUGCCGAACUAACCAACAAUGUGGUGGCCUUUUCCGAAAUAAUGCAAAUGAUUUGGAAAAGGCUUAAUGAUCAUGGCAAAAAUUGGCGUCAUGUCUAUAAGGCUCUCAUACUGCUGGAAUAUCUAAUUAAAACUGGCAAUGAAAAAGUGUCUCAACAGUGCAAAGAAAAUAUAUUUGCUAUACAAACACUACGUGAAUUUACGUAUUUUGAGGAGGGCAAAGAUCAAGGUACUCAUGUUAGGGAAAAGGCUAAACAAUUGGUUAAUCUUCUGAAGGACGAUGAACGCCUGAAGAAUGAACGUGUUAAAGCCUUAAAGGCUAAGGAACGUUUUGCUCAAUAUCCAAGUGGUUUUGGUAGUGAUGGCUAUAUUGAUGGUCCUUUGCAACGUGAUUUACGUGAUAUGCCACCCGGUUGGCAGGAGGAGCCAGCCAAACCUGUAUCCGAGCUGGAAAUGGUACGUCCUCAAACUGCGGGCGAAGAAGAAUUACAACUACAAUUGGCCAUGGCCAUGUCACGUGAGGAAGCUGAACAGGAAGAGGCUAAACGCCGCAGUGAUGAUGUUCGCCUACAAUUGGCUUUGAGUCAAAGCGAACAAGAUUUUAAGGUGCAAAAACAACACGACGAAGAGCCACAAUCACAUUUAUUGGAUCUUUUGGAUAUACAACUGGGAGCCACCAGCAUUUCCAGUCCACCUUUAGGUUUAGCCGCUGGCGGCUUAACCAACAACCCUUCAGAUCCUUGGGGCACACCAGCACGAGCGGCUAGUCAAAUGUCUGAUCCUUGGACUGGUACAGCUUCACCACCGGUUGAUCCCUGGCAACCAACUGCAGCAUCACGUUCCACUCCUUUGGCACAAAUGGGAGCCGUAGGCGGUUUAGGCGCUCUCACGAUGGCUACCAAUGGCACUAAUGGCGGUGAGGCUUGGGGUGGUUUGCGUACACAAUCUCCAUCUGUUACAUCGGGUUCCUCCGCCGAAGGCUGGCUACAAACUAAUGGUAAUACUCAAAAUUCCACAAAUUUAGCGGGCGCUGUUGGAGGUGCUGGCGCAACAGCGAUCGAUCCUUGGCUUUCAAAACAAUCAGUUAGUGCACUGGCAGCGCCUGUCUCUAAUGCAGCACCCUUAGAUCCAUGGUUAACAGAAAAUGCUAAACCAACUACUGCAGCUGCUGUUCCUCCAACAACUAAACCAUUGAUUGAUGAUCCUUGGGCACCAAAGACAUUAACAGCUAGCAAUGAUGAUCCCUGGAAGAAUAUCGAGAAUACAACAGUAGCUAAGAAACCUUCACCUGAUAUGGACGAAUUUGAUAUAAUAACGAAUCGUAAUAAGACUGGUGAUUUAUUAACAACAAAUGAUUCCACAACAAAUAUCAGUAAUAAUAAUGCACUUCUACUUGAUGAUUUAGAUCCUCUAUCGUCAACGACUACCACAACAAAUUCGACUGGAGCAACAGCUAAGAAACCGCUUAAAGAUCCACAAUCAUUUUUGGGUGAAAAUUCGGGUUUGGUUAAUUUAGAUAAUUUAAUAAAGCCUGCCGUACCACAAACUACAGCAGCAAAUGCCGCAGCUUAUAAUCCAUUUAGUGAUACAGUUAUACCACCAAAAACAAAUCUAUUCCAACAACAGCAACCAGCAGUGCCGUCCAUAAAUCAAUUAAAACAACAAAGUUUUCAAAUGACCAUCAAUCAAGAUCCUUGGGCACCUGUUAAUAAUACAAAUGUAGCAGCUUCUCAGUUCUUAAACUUGAAUACCUCUACUGCUCCUGCUCCUCCUCCUCCCGUACCUCUAAGACCUACUACUUUAAAUCUCAAUCUAAGCAAUAGUUUUUUAAGUCAACCACCAACCUUUAGUGGUUACAAUUUCCCAAAUAAUCCCACUUAUGCCACGACAAUGAAACAUUCAAAAAGUGAUAAUGAUGCUUUUAAUACAAUUUUUCAAAUUGACAACGAGGAUAUUACGUCAAAGGUUCCCAAAAAUUCUCUAUAUAAUUUUACAACAUCUCAUACCAUGGACAAUUUACGUAGCGAUUCUUUCAAUGAUGACAAUAGUUUUUUUGAGGCUAUUGAUGCGUUUAAUACACAAAAUACCAAAACUAUAUCCUAUCCCUCUUUAUAUCCUCAUGUGGAAAUUGUUAAUAACAAUCAAAUGAAUACCAAAUCACCACCUUCUUCUCCCCUACAACAACAAGAUUUAUUAUCGCCUUCAUUGGACUCAUUCGCUCCAUAUGCACCCUUAACUCCCUUAACUCCUCAAGAAACACAAUUCGAUAUCAAUAAUAUUUACAAUAACAACUACAACAAUAAUCAAUACAACAACCAAACCAACAACAAUAACAAUUCAUCAAACAUGACAUCAUGGUCUUCGAAUUUAGGCAAUGCGAACGCAGCCACCAAAUCUUCUGGUCCCAACUAUAGUCAUGCCCUAUCGGCAUCCUUGGCUUCCACUCCUGGAGUAACUAUAAUGCCAUUGAAUAACAAAUCAAGUUCAGCUUCAAAUCUAUUCAAUUAUGGUUUUUAUGAUUCCAAUAAUGAAUUCAAUACUACUACUAAUCAGUGCCAAUUGGAAAACAACAAUAACAUGCCUUGGAUGAAACCGGAAGCAACAGCAUCGAAUCCAUUUUUGUCAUAAACAAAAUAACAAAAAAAGCGUUAAAUUCAAAAAUAUUUAUAUAAUUUUGUUUAUUAUUUUUUUAUAUAAAUUAAGUCGAUAAAUUAUAUAUAAUUUUUCCUAGUUGAACAAAUUAAUUACAAAAACAACAAGAAAUCAAUAUGUUUUAAAUUUUUUGGAAAAUAAUUUAUACACACUUAUACACACACAUAAAUGCCUAUAAAUAAAUUAUUAAAAAAAAA